AGUGAACAUAGUAAUGUUCUGGUACGAGGUGGUCGAGUCAAAGACUUGCCAGGAGUUAGAUAUCAUCUCAUAAGAGGCGCUUUGGAUUUUGCAGGAGUUCCGAAUCGGUCAACUUCUCGUUCAAAAUAUGGAACUAAAAAACCUAAAGCUGCCACAAAAUAA